CAAGCUUCGCUCAUUACGAGAGAACAGGCUGAGCCUGACAUGACUUCCUCCAACAGCAAGUGAGCACAGGCUGCAAGACACAGGGAGAUGUGAAGAACACACUGUCAGCUCCACCAGGAUCACAGCUCCGGACGCUGCCUACCCUGCACUCACGUGUUUCUUUUUUUUUUGGCCAUUUCUACCUGUGCCUUCACAUCUGUAUCUCAUUAUUAAUAUAUAUAUUUUUUAUUCUUCUUCCUGGAUAUCAUGCACUCAAUGCUGUACUCAAACGUACUCCUCGUGCUGCUCAACGCCAUCCUCUGGGUGCACGGCUAUUCCGAUACGCGCGUAGUGAGCGGUCGGAAGGUUUGCUAUGCAGAAUAUAAGCAUCCAUGCUACAAAAUUGCUUAUUUUCAAGACUUAGCAGCACGUGUUGGCUACCAUCAGGCCCGUCAGGUGUGUGAAGGGGAAGGAGGCCAUCUUCUGAGCAUUGAAAGUGAAGCCGAGCAAAAACUCAUCCAGAGAAUGCUACAAAAUCUUACAAAUUCAGGUUCUGGAAAAUCUGAUGGGGAUUUCUGGAUUGGACUGUCAAGAAAUCGAGAAUCCAUGGCUUCUUCUGGAGCUUGUCCAGAUCUCUAUAAAUGGGAUGAUGGUAGCCCCUCCCAAUUCAGGAACUGGUAUGCGGACGAGCCGUCUUGCGGCAGUGAAGCGUGCGUGGUCAUGUAUCAUCAGCCAACAGCAAAUCCUGGUAUUGGAGGUCCAUAUCUUUACCAAUGGAAUGAUGACCGGUGUAAUAUGAAGCACAAUUUUAUAUGUAAAUACCCUCCAGAAAAUAUCCUAGAGAAAGAAUUAGGAGACAGAGCAGAGCCAGAUUAUGACCCGCUGUCUCCUGUGACAACAGAUAUAACAUUUGCUACGGGCAAACCAGAGGACUCCUCUCAUGUAUACGUGGCUGAAACAGGAAUUAUGCCAAACCUAAUCUAUGUUAUUAUACCCACCAUACCGCUUCUGCUGCUGAUACUGGUGGCUUUGGGGACCUGCUGUUUCCAAAUGCUACAUAAAAGUAAAGAAUCUCUGCCUGUGAGGAUGGUGAAACCUUCUUUCCUCUAGACGUAGAGGAUGCCCCCUUGUCAUGGUUAUCGGCCUAGCAAAGAACGUUCAAAGACCAGCCCGACUCAAUCUACCCUGUGGAUUUCCAAAGCCCCGAGGAGCGAUAUCACUAUGGAAGUUUAAGAAAACAAUGACUCAUAUCACCACAAUGCAAGAAACAAAAAAUGUAUCACAAUGUAUUUUCUGGAUCACUAAACUUUAAAGCAUCAGCUUGGAAUGACUUGCUAUCUCAGCAGCAUCAGUAUUCUGUUCAGCAAGAAGAACUAUUGGCUCCCCCUUGAGGCACAUUUUAAGAACACUUUUGUAAAACUCAUGUUUGAUUCAUCAUAAACCGGAAUCUGAGUCUUGCUCCAUUUAGAAUGAAGAAGCCUAUGCUUAUUUUGCUGGUUAAAAAUCUUCUACAACCAUGCGGCCGAGGAAACGGACAAGUCCUCUUUCAAUUUAUACGUAGAAAUGUUCGGUAUGUUUGACACAGUUUGCAAAGAGAAUGGUCGAUUUUAUUAUCAUGGUCCUUCUGUAUUGUACUUUUUGAUGAACAUUAAAGUCUAUUGCUAUGAAUGUGUAUUAUAAAAAGCAACAACCCUAAUUUAUCUUUGCAUAAAGAUUUGA